GGGGCAUCCUCUGCAGUUGGCUUGCCACGGCGUGCGGUAUGUUCUCCACGGCAGGCCUGCGGGCUCCUCGAGCGCUCGUCGCCGUCAUCCUCCGAUCCCCUCCCCGUGGCCCUCGUCGCCCUCGCCGGAGCCCGCCUGUGCCCGAGCAUGGAAGCCUCCACUUGAGGCCCGCCACCUCCACGGCGCCGCGCGCUCCCGAAAACGUAGUCUCUAUCGGCCGAUGGCGCUCGCGCGCCUGGCCGCGCUGCUGGUUGGCGCCUGGUGCGGCCCGGGCGCCGCCGCGCGGGCUGCUGGCGCGGGCGCGGGCGCGCGCACGGUGGCUUUGUCGCUGCGGCGGCACGUGGCGGCGAGGGCAGCGCCGCCACAGCGGCCGAAGUACCACUGGCAGCCCACCGACUUCACGCUCAGGGGCUGCAUGUCGGUCCCCGCAGUGCCGCUGGAGCCGGCGGUGGAGGAGCGGAUGCGCAUGACCGUGAGCAGGUGCUUUGCUUUCUGCUCCAUGAAGCGCGGCAUGGGCUUCUUCGCCAUCGCCGAGGGCAGCAAAUGCUGGUGCGGGCUCGUUUAUGAGGGCACCAAGACGGAGGCAGGUAAUUGCUCCACCGCGUGCAGCGGUGAUGGCGCGCCGGGCUGCGGCGGACCGAUGGGGGCAUCUGGCACUUACGCGGACGUCUACAUAAUGUUUGAUUGCGCAGAGAACACCGAGGAGGAGGAGGAGCUGCUCCGACAGGAGAAGCACAACGACACGAUGGGGGCGUAUGCGUCCUUCCCCCGCCAGACUUGUGGCCAGGCACUGGAGAACAAGGUGGAUGUCGCAAUGGGCGUGGAUGUGCUCAGCAACACGCACGUCGGCACCGUCGAGGAGUGCAAGAAUCUCUGCAUGCACGGCCGCGGUAGUGAGUUUUGCCACGGGUUCACGUACAACGAGGUCAUUCAGAAGUGCACGUUCCACCCGGACGUGCUGGACGGCCAAGUCGAAAAGGCAGACGGCAUGGAGUGCUACUUCAAGAAGCUUGGCCUGCUCCAGGCUGCCCCCCCUGGCCGGGCGGCCAGCAACCGCACUGGGGUCCCGCGCCGCUGCCGGGCGCGGUCGCCAGCGCUGUCCAGGGUCGGCGGCGAGGGGCGAGGGGGGAAGAGGUUCCCAUGAGGAGGAGGAUUUUUGUGCUCCUCCAUGGGACGCCGAUCAUGCCAGCUACGGGGGUGCACUACGCACUGGACUCACUCCCAUGAGUGAGGAAACCAAGAUCCUGGAGAGCCCAGCUCUCGAGGACGACCUCCUUCCUUCCCGUUCUGGGGUGGAGGCCCCGGUCGAAACGGCUUCGCCGUUCCUUGCCCAUUUUGUCCAGGACAAAACCAGGCCGUCUGGCAGGGCACGUCUUGGCCAAGCCGACGGGAUGCUGCUGCGCAUACUGUGCGCAUUGGACACAGUACAGCAUAAAGUCACCCUGAUCGGGAGUAACCAGUGGUGAGAAUUCGGGCGUAGCAGAACGUAAAGUUUUAAGUGGCUGGGACGGGCUGGGGGUGCCCGGUUUUUCUCCUUCCUCUCACUUCCUCUCCACUGCCCACUUGGGCCUCCUCCGCGUUGCCCGAGGCGGCAGCUGAGGUCUCCGCGGGCACGCGGGCGCGCUGAGGGCGGCGGGACCGACGGGGACGCUGGCUGGUGGCGAGCGGCGCCGGGUCAGGACAACAGUCGACGUUUGCGCACGCUGCCCAAUCCGUGCCUCGCCACACGUCCAGUUCUUCAAUUCAGCGGAUGAAAAGAUACAGAUGUCGUUGCC